UUGAAUUAAUUUCUGGCUCGAACAACUGGAUAUACUCGAAGACGCGGGCGAUUUUAACUUACUUGCAGAGCAGCUGUUGGUCGUUAGUUGUUUAUUAUUUAAAACGCUUUAUUUUCAUUUUUAACGUUAAUCUCCCACCAGAAAUGGACUGUAUGGAUUUUCCGAAAGUUUUCCCUAAUUCUCCGAGGAAAACACAAGGGCAAAUCCAGAUCAUCUUUGGACCGAUGUUUUCAGGCAAAAGCACCGAAUUAAUGCGAAGGGUGCGUCGUUUCCAAAUAGCCCAGUACUGCUGCUUGGUGGUGAAAUAUGCCAAAGACACACGCUACUCUGACACAGGCAUGGCCACACAUGACAAAAACACAAUGGAGGCUGUUGCUGCAAACCGUCUGAGCGACGUGCGCUCAGCGGCAUCACAAGCGAGUGUCAUUGGAAUAGAUGAAGGACAAUUUUUUCCAGAUACAGUGGAAUUUUGUGAGGAGAUGGCGAAUUUGGGCAAGACUGUCAUUGUUGCUGCCUUGGACGGAACCUUCCAGAGAAAGCCGUUCGGAAACAUCCUCAACCUCGUCCCGCUGGCGGAAAGUGUGGUGAAGCUCCACGCCGUCUGCAUGCAAUGUUACAAAGAAGCUGCCUACACAAAAAGAAUUGGAGCAGAGAAGGAGGUGGAAGUGAUCGGUGGGGCUGACAAAUAUCAGGCAGUUUGUAGGAAGUGCUAUGGAGAUUUGAUAUCAGCCAAAGAAAACCAAGGACCUUUCCUUAGGGAUGAAACUCCCCAACAAGUACUCAAUGGGAAAUGCGCUGACUCUGCCAUUCCCAGGAAGCCGUUUACAUCCCUUCACCUCUGAACAUGCAACAUGCUUGCUAAAGGAGAAAACAAACGGGAAUAGGAUGAAAUUAUUAAUCAUAUUACGGUUUGGAUGGGACAAUAUUUUUCUGGUCCCACCAACCCUCUUGUUAAUCCUGUGUGUGUGUGUGUGUGUGUGUGUGUGUACACACUUUAUUUAAGUGUUGCUGAGCAUUUGUUACCAUCAAAUUUUCUAAAGACGCAAUUUUCUACACAGUGGUUUAACUGACAGUACUUAAUUAUACUACAUGUAUUAUAAGAAAAAUGCAUAGCAUCACUUUCACAAUAUACUAGGUGUAGUAUGAGAAGCAUUUACAUUUGCAGAGUAUUUAAGUGCAUGGGUGAUUGUUUUUGUCUUGUUUAUGGAUUGUAUGAAAUGCAACAUAAAAAAAUCCUGCUGCAGAGUGCCGAGAAGUUAGAACUUGGAAAUUAGUAAAUUCAUCAAACAUUUAGUUUGAUUGAUAAUGCUCAAAAGGGAAGAUAAUAUAUCUCACAGUUAAACUAACAUUUUCAAUUAGCCCUUACACAGUUGAAAAAGUUACUUUAGUAUUUUGAACAGCAAUGAUAUGAAAUGUUUUAUGUUUUUCUUGAAAGGGAAAAUACGCUGUAAUUUAUUAUGUAAACAAAAUUGACUUGCAAUAUUAGUACCACCAGCCCUUAUUAACACUUUGAUAAUUGUGACAUAUCAUUAUUGUGUAUUGUUACCAUGAAAGGAAAAAUGUGAGGAGUAUAAAUUAAAGUGAUUAUCAAAAGAUACGUUUUAAUUGACGCUGCUGUAAAUGUGUUGUAGUAGAGCAGACCACACGUUAGCAGGAGAGACAUAAGAGUGCACACUUCAGCUAAAAUUUGGAUUUUGUUGCUACUGUAUGGAUACAGUCAGUGCAUGUUUUGGUUGUGUCUUUUUUUUUAAAUAAAUGUAAAUUAAAAAUA